AUACCGGAUUAUAACGACUUCACAUGCGCAUGGUGCCAUUUCUAUCUCUUUCAAAGGAAGAGUUUCGCGCCAAGUUUGAAAGUUCCGUUUUUGAUGGCGACGAUGAACGGAUCCACGUGGACUCGGGGACGUUUGGUCAAACCCGAUCCAACCAAUAGGACGAGUGUUAAUAUGAUUUGUGAAAGUUUAAACUCGGAUGAGUGCGACCGCUGGAAGAUGUGCUGCCAAUCUGCCCGGGAAUGCUGCAGGGACCAAAUCGCCCAUCCUCCAGUGACCAAUUCGACCUGCAUCGGAACGUGGGACGGAUACGGAUGUUGGCGAGAUGCAAAUCCGGAUACAGAGAAUUAUUUGAGCUGUCCGAAUUUCUUACAGUAUUCUAUUCCGACUAGAAAUGCAUUGAAGUAUUGUCAUAGUAACGGAACUUGGAUGAAAAUAAAUGGAUCACAAUGGACUGACUAUACACCUUGUCUUGAUAAAGAGAGUCUUAUAGAGUCGAUUUACCUUAGUUUAGGAUGUAACAUCGCCAGUAUUCUGUUGUUACUACCAGCUAUAGCCAUCUUUCUCGUCUACAGGCCGUUACGAAAACAACACCGGAUACGUCUACAUAUUUCCUUCUUCCUGUCCUUUAUACUGAGUGACGUCACGGCAAUAUUGUGGGAUGUAGUUGUGACGUAUGAUAGAUUAACCAAUGAAAAUGUGUCACAGAGCGUUCUUUAUCAAAACGGGGCUGGAUGUAAAGCUCUAUCAUUCUUUAGAAUCUAUUGUAAAUCGACGAAUUAUGUCUGGAUGUUUUGUGAAGGGUUCUAUCUCCACAGACUGAUUAGUAAUGCUUUCAAACCACCCAAAUCACUGUAUCCACUGUACCUUACAGGCUGGGGUCUGCCUAUGAUAUAUUCUGUUAUAUACGCUGCCCUGAGAGCCUCAUUAGCCAAUGAAAGCUGUUGGGCGAAGAGUUUUGGACAGUACGAAUGGAUUAUUUAUGCUCCAAAUCUGCUGUGCCUUGUCGUGAACCUGUUUUUUCUAUGCAAUAUAUUAAGAGUUUUGGUGACGCAGUUACAGACGCAUCCUAAUGAGCCUAGCCAUUUCAGACGCGCACUUAAAGCAACCUUUGUACUAAUACCGUUAUUUGGAAUCCAGCUGUUCGUGACCUUAUAUCGAGUUCCCGCCGGAAGUGAAGCAGCGGGGGCUUAUGAAAAAUUCACUACAUUCGUCAUCAAUUCACAGGGUUUUUUCGUGGCCCUGAUAUUUUGUUUCUGUAAUGGCGAGGUAAGGAUUAAAGAAGCGUUUCUUUUUCGAUGUCGUUUUUUAAGUUUUUAUUUCUGUUGUAACAAACCAAUUCAGAUUUCAUUAUUUCUAACGUGUUUCACUUUAGCAGGUAAAUCUCGUAUUAGAGACCAUGAUAAAUAA